AGAGAGUGUCAAUCAAAGGCAGAGCUCUCAGAGCUGGGAAGGAGGCUCUAGAUGGCGGCUGUGCCUUAGAGAGAGCGCGCUCUGCUCCCUGCCUUCGCCUCACUUUACGCAACUUUCCCUAACUUUCAGGCAGCCUCAGGGGGCCCCCGCAGCCCCCUGCCUGUCCUAGUGACUUACUGGGGUCGAUUCGAACCUUUUUUAGGGAGAAAAGCAGCUUUUGGGAGCUUUCUUUUCGUGCCUUGUUGGAAAGAAGCAGCCGUACUGAGAGCCCAGGUCGUUGUUUUUUCCAGCUUAGAAGCCAUGGCGCACCUCCAUUUUUGUGCGCUCUCCUAAUGAGGUUUUUUUUCUUCCGGACCCGUUUUAGGAUUAAUUGUUGCUGUAUUUUUUUGACCAGUUAACAUAUUUGAGGAUAAUUUUAUUUAUUUUUUGUUUUUUAACGGAGAAUUUUGUUUUUAUUUUUAAUUAUUUGGAUCUGAUAUUUUUCUACUACUAGAUAGGACUCUUGCUUUGGACCUACUACAUGGAUCAGUAAAUACCUGGGCACAGGACUUCAAAGCAAACACAGAUUCCCCCUCCCCCUUAAUAUUUAAGAAUUAAAAGAUGAUGAGAAAUAAGGACAAAAGCCAAGAGGAGGACAGUUCGCUACACAGCAAUGCAUCGAGUCAUUCAGCGUCUGAAGAAGCUUCGGGUUCAGACUCAGGCAGCCAGUCGGAGAGUGAGCAGGGCAGCGAUCCAGGAAGUGGACAUGGCAGCGAGUCAAACAGUAGUUCUGAAUCUUCGGAGAGUCAGUCAGAAUCUGAAAGUGAAUCGGGAGGUUCCAAAUCCCAGCCAGUUCUUCCAGAAGCCAAAGAGAAGCCAGCCUCUAAGAAGGAACGGAUAGCUGAUGUGAAGAAGAUGUGGGAAGAAUAUCCUGAUGUUUAUGGGGUUAGGCGGUCAAACCGAAGCAGACAAGAACCAUCACGAUUUAAUAUUAAGGAGGAGGCAAGUAGCGGGUCUGAGAGUGGGAGCCCAAAAAGAAGAGGCCAGAGGCAGCUGAAAAAACAGUCUUACGUGCAUGUUCUUUCAAGCUUGUUUCCUGUGAAACCACUUCUCUCCAGUUUGACUGUAGAAAAAUGGAAACGGGAACCCUCAGAAGAUGAACAGGAACAAGGCACCAGUGCAGAGAGCGAACCAGAGCAAAAAAAAGUGAAAGCCAGAAGACCUGUCCCCAGAAGAGCAAUGCCCAAACCUCGUGUUAAAAAGCAACCUAAGACUCAGCGUGGAAAGAGGAAAAAGCAAGAUUCUUCGGAUGAUGAGGAUGAAGAUGAUGAAGCUCCCAAAAGGCAGACUCGCCGCAGAGCGGCUAAAAAUGUUAGUUAUAAAGAAGACGAUGACUUUGAGACUGACUCAGAUGACCUCAUUGAAAUGACUGGAGAAGGAGUUGAUGAACAGCAGGAUAAUAGUGAAACUAUUGAAAAGGUCUUAGAUUCAAGGCUGGGAAAGAAAGGAGCCACUGGAGCUUCUACUACUGUAUAUGCAGUUGAAGCUAACGGAGACCCUAGUGGCGACUUUGACCCUGAAAAGGAUGAAGGCGAAGUCCAGUACCUCAUCAAGUGGAAGGGCUGGUCGUAUAUCCAUAGCACGUGGGAGAGUGAAGAGUCCUUACAGCAGCAGAAAGUGAAGGGCCUAAAAAAACUAGAGAACUUCAAGAAGAAAGAGGAUGAAAUCAAGCAAUGGUUAGGGAAAGUUUCUCCUGAAGAUGUAGAAUAUUUCAACUGCCAACAAGAGCUGGCCUCCGAGCUAAACAAACAGUAUCAGAUAGUAGAAAGAGUAAUAGCUGUGAAGACGAGCAAAUCUACACUGGGUCAAACAGAUUUUCCAGCUCACAGUCGGAAGCCGGCACCUUCCAACGAACCUGAAUAUCUAUGCAAAUGGAUGGGACUGCCCUAUUCAGAGUGCAGCUGGGAAGAUGAAGCCUUGAUUGGAAAGAAAUUCCAGAGCUGCAUCGACAGUUUCCAUAGUCGGAACAACUCAAAAACCAUCCCAACAAGAGAAUGCAAGGCCCUGAAGCAGAGACCACGAUUUGUGGCUUUAAAGAAACAGCCGGCAUAUUUAGGAGGAGAGAAUCUGGAGCUCCGAGAUUAUCAGCUAGAAGGUCUCAACUGGCUUGCUCAUUCUUGGUGCAAAAGUAACAGUGUAAUCCUUGCUGAUGAAAUGGGCCUAGGAAAGACCAUCCAGACCAUAUCAUUCCUCUCCUACCUGUUCCACCAACACCAGCUGUAUGGCCCCUUUCUUAUAGUCGUCCCUUUAUCCACCCUCACCUCAUGGCAGAGGGAGUUUGAAAUCUGGGCACCAGAGAUUAACGUAGUGGUUUACAUAGGUGACCUGAUGAGCAGAAAUACGAUACGAGAAUAUGAAUGGAUUCACUGUCAGACCAAAAGGCUGAAGUUCAAUGCACUUAUAACAACAUAUGAGAUCCUCUUAAAAGAUAAGACUGUGCUGGGCAGUAUUAACUGGGCCUUUCUGGGAGUGGACGAAGCCCAUCGGUUGAAGAAUGAUGACUCUUUAUUGUAUAAAACUCUGAUUGAUUUCAAGUCCAACCAUAGGCUCCUGAUUACGGGGACCCCUCUUCAGAAUUCCCUCAAAGAGCUCUGGUCCUUGCUGCACUUUAUUAUGCCGGAGAAGUUUGAGUUCUGGGAAGAUUUUGAGGAAGACCAUGGGAAAGGGAGAGAGAAUGGCUAUCAGAGUCUUCAUAAGGUGCUAGAGCCUUUCCUUCUCCGGAGAGUGAAAAAAGAUGUGGAGAAAUCCCUUCCUGCCAAAGUGGAACAGAUUCUCAGGGUGGAGAUGUCAGCCCUUCAGAAACAGUAUUACAAAUGGAUUCUGACUAGGAAUUACAAGGCUCUUGCCAAAGGAACAAGAGGCAGCACAUCUGGUUUCCUUAAUAUUGUGAUGGAACUGAAAAAGUGCUGCAACCACUGUUAUCUCAUUAAACCUCCCGAAGAAAAUGAGAGGGAAAAUGGACAGGAGAUUCUUCUGUCCUUGAUCAGGAGCAGUGGGAAGCUGAUUCUAUUAGAUAAACUGUUGACAAGACUUCGAGAAAGAGGGAACAGAGUCCUUAUCUUCUCUCAGAUGGUGAGAAUGUUGGAUAUCCUGGCUGAGUACCUGACUAUUAAGCACUAUCCUUUCCAGCGUCUGGAUGGUUCCAUCAAGGGAGAAAUCCGAAAACAGGCACUGGACCACUUCAAUGCAGAUGGGUCUGAGGACUUCUGUUUCCUGCUUUCGACAAGGGCUGGUGGCCUGGGAAUCAAUUUGGCUUCAGCGGACACAGUCGUCAUCUUUGAUUCUGACUGGAACCCCCAGAACGACUUGCAGGCACAAGCCCGAGCCCACAGAAUUGGUCAGAAGAAGCAGGUAAAUAUUUACCGCUUGGUUACAAAGGGGACCGUGGAGGAAGAGAUCAUAGAACGGGCCAAAAAGAAGAUGGUAUUGGACCAUCUGGUGAUUCAGCGCAUGGAUACCACUGGCCGGACAGUUCUGGAAAACAACUCUGGAAGGUCCAAUUCAAAUCCUUUUAAUAAAGAAGAGCUGACAGCGAUUUUGAAAUUUGGAGCGGAGGAUCUCUUCAAAGAACUUGAAGGGGAGGAAUCAGAGCCUCAGGAAAUGGAUAUAGAUGAAAUUUUGCGCUUGGCUGAAACCAGAGAGAAUGAAGUCUCAACAAGUGCAACAGAUGAGCUUCUGUCACAAUUUAAGGUUGCCAACUUCGCAACAAUGGAGGAUGAAGAAGAACUAGAAGAGCGUCCUCACAAGGACUGGGAUGAGAUCAUUCCAGAGGAGCAAAGGAAGAAAGUAGAGGAGGAGGAGCGGCAGAAAGAGCUGGAAGAAAUUUAUAUGUUGCCUCGAAUUCGGAGUUCCACUAAAAAGGCUCAGACAAAUGACAGUGACUCUGAUACUGAGUCUAAGAGGCAGGCCCAGAGAUCCUCUGCCUCUGAGAGUGAGACAGAUGACUCUGAUGACGACAAGAAGCCCAAGCGCAGAGGGCGCCCCCGAAGUGUGCGGAAGGACCUCGUGGAGGGAUUCACUGAUGCCGAGAUCCGGAGGUUCAUCAAGGCGUAUAAGAAGUUUGGUCUCCCUCUUGAACGGCUGGAGUGCAUAGCACGUGAUGCUGAGUUGGUAGAUAAGUCUGUGGCAGAUCUGAAGCGCCUAGGGGAAUUGAUUCACAACAGCUGUGUGUCAGCAAUGCAAGAAUACGAAGAGCAGCUGAAAGAAAAUGCCAGCGAGGGGAAAGGACCAGGGAAAAAGAGAGGUCCAACUAUCAAGAUAUCUGGGGUUCAGGUUAAUGUGAAAUCUAUUAUCCAACAUGAAGAAGAGUUUGAGAUGCUGCAUAAAUCUAUCCCUGUAGACCCUGAAGAAAAAAAAAAAUACUGCUUAACCUGUCGUGUCAAAGCUGCACAUUUUGAUGUCGAGUGGGGAGUAGAGGAUGAUUCUCGCCUAUUGCUAGGAAUUUAUGAACACGGCUAUGGAAACUGGGAGCUAAUUAAAACGGAUCCAGAGCUUAAGUUAACUGACAAAAUCCUGCCAGUGGAGACAGAUAAAAAGCCCCAGGGAAAGCAGCUGCAGACCCGAGCGGACUACUUGCUGAAGCUGCUCAGGAAGAGUCUGGAGAAGGAGGGGGCCGUGACAGGUGGGGAAGAGGCCAAAUUAAAGAAGAGGAAGCCUCGAGUAAAGAAGGAAAACAAAGCACCGAGGCUGAAAGAUGAGCAUGGAAUUGAGUUUUCAUCUCCUAGACACUCAGAUAAUCCAUCAGAAGAGGGAGAAGUAAAGGAUGAUGGCUUAGAAAAAAGUCCAAUGAAAAAGAAACAGAAGAAGAAAGAGAACAAGGAGAACAAGGAGAAACAAAUGAGUUCUAGGAAAGACAAGGAAGGGGACAAGGAAAGGAAGAAAUCAAAAGAUAAGAAGGAGAAGCCUAAAGGUGGUGAUGCCAAAUCUUCAAGUAAAUCAAAGCGAUCUCAGGGUCCUGUCCAUAUUACAGCAGGAAGCGAACCUGUCCCCAUUGGAGAGGAUGAGGAUGAUGAUCUGGACCAGGAGACAUUCAGCAUAUGUAAGGAGAGGAUGAGGCCUGUGAAAAAGGCACUGAAACAGUUGGAUAAACCUGACAAGGGGCUCAGUGUACAGGAACAGCUGGAGCACACCCGGAACUGCCUGCUGAAAAUCGGGGACCGGAUAGCCGAGUGCCUUAAAGCUUACUCAGACCAGGAGCACAUCAAACUGUGGAGGAGGAACCUAUGGAUUUUUGUUUCCAAGUUUACAGAAUUUGAUGCUCGAAAAUUGCAUAAGUUAUACAAGAUGGCUCACAAGAAAAGGUCUCAAGAAGAAGAGGAGCAGAAGAAGAAAGAUGAUGUGAUUGGUGGUAAGAAACCAUUUCGACCAGAGGCCUCGGGUUCAAGCCGGGAUUCCCUGAUGUCUCAGUCCCACACCCCACACAACCCUCACCCUCAGAAGCCUCAUUUGCCUGCCUCUCAUGGCCCACAGAUGCAUGGACACCCAAGAGAUAACUAUAGUCACCCCAACAAGAGACACUUCAGUAAUGCAGGUGAGUCUUUAAGUGAAGUUUUGAAAACAGGUGCCGAGGGGACUUCCCUGAUGGUCCAGUGGUAAAGAAUCCACCUUCCAGUGCAGGGGAUGUGGGUUCGAUCCCUGGUCAGGGAACUAAGAUCCCACAUGCCGCGGGGCAGCUAAGCCCAGGCGCCUCAACUAGAGAGCCUACGUGCUGCAAACUGCAGAGCCCAUGCACUCUGGAGCCCGCGCGCCACAACUAGAGAGAGAAAACUCGCACGCCACAGCUAGAGAGAAACCUGCACGCCACAACUAUAGAGAGAGUGUGCUACUCAGCGAAGGGCCCACACACUGUAACUAAGACCCAACACAGCCAAAAAUAAAAAUAAAUAAAUAAAUAAAUAGAUAGUUAUACCAAGAAACAAAACAAAACUCAGUUGUUUUUUUAAAAAAAAAAAAAAGGUGCUGAAAGAAGAAUCAUUUUUUUUUCCAAAGACAGUAGCUGGACCUUUGUGCUUUAUUUUCUUCCAUCACUUUAUUGUCCUCUUUUUUCUCAGUGAGAUAAAGCAUGAGACAAAGAUCCAAAAGUCUGUUAAUUCAACUCUAAGAAGAACAUAACCAACAUAAAUAAGCAAAAGACAAAUGAACGACUCAGGGAAACAAUUUACAUUAUAUAUGACAGUUAAAUGAUUAAAACUGCUAAUAUUGAAAAACUCCUUAGGAAUUGAUAACAGAAGGAUAACCAAAUAGAAAAAUGGACACAGGUUAGGAAUAGGGAAUUCAUUUGGAAGAGGAGAUUCAAAUGGCCAGUAGGACAAGAUGAACAAUUGCUUCUAGGGAAAUGUACAUUAAAGUAACAAUAAAUUAACCAAUUUCUUACCCAUUCAGAUCUGCAAAAAUUAAAGGGUGAAAUGCACACAAGUUGCUAAGAGUGUGAAUUGCUACAGUCUUUCCAGAAAAUAAUCUGAAAUAUCUAAAUACAUAAGCCCUUUUUCUGGGAGUCUGUCCUGUAGUAAUGCAAACACAUACAUGUAUGAGGAUGCUGUUACAGCCUUAUAAUGGCAAAAAGCUGGAAAUAAAUUGCCCAUUAAUAGAAAAAUGGUUAGAGGAAUAAUAGGACAUUUGUCCUCUAUAUUAUUAGCAGUUGUUAAAAAAAUGAGUUGGCUUUAUAGGUAAAAAAAAAAUUGGAGGGAAAAAAAAACAGCAACAGAAUCUCUGUUGUGUGUGUGUUUAACUUUAUUGAAGUGAAAAUUACAUAACAUGAAUAAACGUAACCAUUUUAAAUAAACAGUUCAGUGGCAUUUAGUACAUUCACAAUGUUGUGCAACCACCACCUAAAUCAAGUGCCAAAACACUUUGCUCACCCCAAAGAAAAAAACAGUUUUCAUUCUCCCCUCUCCCCAGCUUCCGACUACCACCAGUCUGUCUU